AUGCCGACGGGACCUUUAACGGCCCAGUCGGCGGUGCUGACCGGAGCUGCCAGGUUCCCUUUUCGACCGGGUGUUCCUGUCGAAAACCGGACACCUGGUCACCCCAGCAGGACACGACCCCCCAGGGGCACAGCCCAGACCCUGCCCAGCCAAGGCCCCUGCAGGGGCUGCUCCGGCAGUCCCCGGUUCUCGUGGCUGGUGGAUGCCGUGAGCCCGGCCGAGGGCACCGAGGGCGGCUGGGACGUCACCGCCUGCUGGGCCCAGGACCGGACGGUGCAGGCGACCGAGCGUUUCGAUGCUGUAAUUGUCUGCAGCGGUCACUACUCCGACCCAUUCGUCCCCCCCAUCCCCGGCCUCGAGACCUUCCCAGGCCGGCUGCUGCACAGCCACGAAUACCGCUGCCCGGAGCCCUUUGCGGGCCGCACCGUGGUGCUGCUGGGGGCCGGCCCGUCCGGCGUGGACCUGACGCUGCAGCUGGCCCCCGUGGCCCAGCGGGUGAUCCUGAGCCACCGGCAGCCCACGUUGUCCGCGCUGCCCGGGAACGUGCUGCAGGCAGCGCCAGCGGUGGGCGUAGCGGGAGACACGGUCCAGUUCGGGGACGGCGCCGAGCACAGGGCCGACGUCCUCAUCCUCUGCACCGGGUACCGGUACCGCUUCCCCUUCCUGUCGCCCACCCGCCUGGGCCUGCGGAUCACGGACCACAUGGUGACGCCGCUGUACCGGCACCUGCUGCCGCCGCACCAUCCCGGCCUCUUCUUCAUUGGGCUCUGCCAGCAGAUCUGCCCCUUCCUGCACUUCCACUGCCAGCUGCUCUUCUGCCUGGCGGUGCUGGUGGGCACCUGCUGCCUGCCCUCCGCUGCCGAGAUGCAGGCGGCCGCCGAGGGGGAGCUGCGGCAGCAUCUAGGGGCCGGGGGAGCCCCCAAGCACUUCCACCAGCUGGGAGAGCUGCAGUGGGGUUACUGCCAGGAGCUGGCACGGCUGGGCGGGUUCGAGCCCCUGCCCCCGGUGGUCAGGAAGAUCUACGAGGCCACGCGGGCGAGCCGCAGGCAGGACAUCUCCAGCUACCGGAGCCUCAACUACAGGGUGUUGAGUACUGAGGAGUGGGAGUUGGUGGGGGCAGACCCCGGGGGGACCCCAGGUGAGGGGAUGUAAUGGUCCCUUUCUACACUCGCUUUGCACAAAGGGGACAGGCCAGAGGGGCUGGGGGCAAUGGAGACGGAGCUCCUGC